CACACACACACACACACACACACACACACAGAGGAAUGAGAUGUGGAGUGUUGCUAUGAAGGAGGCGGAUUUACAUGAAGGACAGUGCUGCAGAGACAACUGGAGUGGAGGAGGGGGAGUCACACAUAUUGGGACAAGAAUAUGACUUGAAGAUGAGCUGUCCUCAGGCUGAGUUAGAGGAGAAGGACUGUCCUCCACCAGAGGAAUUAGAGUGUAAAAUCUGUUACCAACGCUACAAUGCCCACAACCGCAAGCCUAAGAUCCUGGACUGCCUGCACCGGGUCUGUGCCCGCUGCCUUGUUAAGAUCCUGGACAUUGCUGACGGCACAGGCUUCAUCUCAUGCCCCUUUUGCCGACACCAAACCGAGAUUACAGAGUACGAGGUGUCAGCCCUCCCUGAUGAUGCUAUCAUCAUGUCACACUUGGCAAUGCGGGACAAAUCAUGGAGCUCCGACAACAACAAAGAGGUGGUUCUGACUCCAACGAGUUUCUCCUCCUCCAGCCCGUCUCACGACUCCUCCAACUGCCUGGUCAUCACGAUAAUGGAAGUGCAGAGGGACUCGCAACACUCCCCAAGUCGAAAUGGCAGCUCUGACGUCUAUGCUGAGCAGAGCCUGGACUCCGUAUCAAUGGGCUCAAAUGGGCCAGCUGAUCAGGACGCCCUGUCCAAGUUCUGUAAUCAUGUCCCACGCAUCCUGGUCUGGCUGCUGGGUUUCUUGUACUUUGGCUCACUGCCUCUAGGAAUCUACUUGUUGGUGAUCCAGAGAGUGACCCUGGGCAUUGUAUGUGUUAGCUUGGUGCCAUCAAGCCUGACAGUUUGCCUGGUCUAUGGGUUCUGCCAGUGUCUGUGCCAGGGCAUGUGUGACUGCUCCUCCAGGGGCUGAUAGGAUGCUACCCGAGAACUGGUGGACGUAGGAUGGGAGAAAGUCAGAUGCGAUAAACAGGUAUUUGAUGUGUUUUGUGAAUGGAUAGGAGGCCUAAAGUUAAAGAUGAUGCCCUCUCCUAAACAGACUUUACAAGCCUACCAGUCAAUUAUGUUCAUGCAAAUAAUGGGCCAGUUAAGAGACCGAAGACUGCCUUUAGCAUUGCUCCGUGCUUUUGUUAGGCCGACAGCAACUCAGAAACCAGUUUGGCCAACAGGAACAGAGCGCCUGGCAAGAUGAGUUAGUUGGAGCAGCGCCUAUACCUUAGAAUUCUGUGAUGUAUUUCUGUAACCUUUAUUUGUUCUGUGCUGUGUGUAUGACGUAGUCUAGCAUAACAUCUUAAAGCAGACCUUUAACUUUUGGCUUACAUAACGACGGUCCUGGUCCCUCAUUUAUCAACACUGUGUAUCAACAAGAUUCUUGCAUGCAAUAACUUUUGCGUGAAACGUGGGAUUAAUAUUUAAAGUCUUAGAUUAUUUCCUUGGUUUACUUUGGAUGUUCUAAAGUUAAUUAACAAUUGCAUUUAAGUAUGACAGGAUAAUUGUGAUUUCUCAAUAACAAAAAGGGAUUGAAAGGGAGUCAAUGUUAGAGGCAAUUUUGGCCACCAGUUAAAAUCAAAGGCAACUCUAAACACAAAUGUGCAAAUACUGCAGAUAUUAUUAUAUAAUGUUUGUUUUUAGUGUUCUUCAUGUCUAAAAGCAAGCAUUCAUGGUGGAACUACAUGUUACCAAAUAUUUAUUCUCUCUGUUAAAGCUACAGGUAACACAAAGUUGAAUAUAUGUUAAUUAUGAUACUGGUCUUAACAUCAGCUCCUAGAAAUGCAUGGAGGAAAAGCAUCGGCGCACUGACAUCUUCUGUCUGUUGAACAUGUUGAUAUAAGUCUGUUGCAACAUCUUUAUAUUCUGGUCCAAACACUGCUCUUCCAGGGGAAUGUGACAAGACGGGUCAUGAAUUAGCAAUUGAAAGAAUAGCGACUUUCUGAUUUCUGUGUGUUGUUGAACAAUGCAAGGAAUAUUAAAGGUAUUUAUUAUUAAGGUGUUCCAGGUAAAAAAAAAGAAAAUUGCUUGCAAUGCACGUUUCAACAAGGACUUGAUACUAAUUCAACUCCAAAUUCCAAAUCAACUAUGAAUUGGCCAUCAUUUUUAUGUGUUCAUUAUUUUACUGUCACAACAUUGCCUUUGGACAUACGUGUGUUAGUAUUGCUGAUUGUAUGUGCACCUCUACUUCUCUCCCUCUGCCACAAAUAGACACACGCCCCAUUCAGAUUUGUUGUAUUGAAUGGAUUUGGUGCAUGUGAGGUAUAAACCAGAAUCAUAUCUCAGGUUUUUUGAUACUCUUUUAAUGUUAAGCAACAGCCUUUCCAUUCAGUUCCUUGUUGGGUUGAACAUAGCAAGGCUGCUCUGUUGUAUUUUGUGGUACUGGUUGCGAAAAGCAUUGGCUUAAUGGAUAUGUUUUGAUGGCUAUGGGAGUCCUCCUGUUACCUUCAUGCUGUAAGUCACAUGCACAUACUGCCAUACAAAAGCCAUGUGGAUUUGUUGUUGUUUGACAGCUCAAGGUUGUGUGCAUUAUUUAUGUGGCAUCUUCAUUUUAUUUUGCAUGCAAGACAAACGCUCCCCUACAUCCUGGCAUAUGGACUUCUGGAAUGAAGGUCACAAUAAAACUAUGGUGUUGUUUUAGAAACUAUUAGAUAAAAAAAAAAUGUAACCUCAAAUGCUUUGCUGAGUACAUGACACGUAUAUUUAAAAAAAUGUUGAUCAAGUCUGCUGAAGCUUUAAGCUUCUCGUGUGUGUACCAAAGGUAGUUUACCUUAUAGCUCUGUGACCAAAACAUACCUUUUAGUGUGUCGAAAGUGUCGUGUGAGACAUCUUGCACAGCCGCAGUCGUACUUGCAAUGAGUGACAUUUACAGCACUACUUAAAAGAAAGGUAUAGACUAUAAAUUCAGUGUUUCAUCUGUACUUUCUGUUUAUGAGCAUGGUGGUUCAGAAUGUGUGGGAUUUUAUCGAUUCACAUCACUUAUGGGGGUGCUUGGGGCAGUUAUACACAUUUGACAAUUACCAACUGUCUUGUACUCCCAGGUAUUCUACAUUUUACAGUCAAUUUAGAACCUUAGCUUUACAGUGUUGAUAAUCGAGGGCCCUGGGAUAGUAAGUUCUAGAUACAUUUCAGGUAAUGAUAUUUCACAUCAAAAUGGAUUUGUAGCAUUUUGGAAAAAAUAUUCAUUAUGUGCUAAACCCUUACAUAUUGUAAGUACUGUUCAUUCUUUGAUGUUGGGGUUCUAUAUAUUCUUUUCUUUUCUUUGUCAACUUCUUUCUGCCGCUGUGUCCCUUCCGUCUCUGUACCCACUUCCUCUAUGUUUUCCUGUGUUUCGGUCUAUGAUCUACUGACAGCGCUCAGCUUAGUGCCACACUACUGAUCACAUAAGCUACUAGACAAUGGAAUAAAUGGAGAAUUAUUUUCUAUGUUGCUUGUGUUCUUCUGUCUGCUGCCUGAUGAUUCAGUUCAAUUUUUUUACGUCGACAAUCAACAUCCCCGU